AUAUCAGUUUAUUGAACAACUCUAUAAAAUGAACAUCCCUAUUCUAUGAAAUAAAUCUAACACACACCAUCACCAUGCAUUGCUGUAGGGACACAUAUUGUCAAGCUAGGUAGGACUGCGUCACUCACCAACCGAGUUCAUUGUGCGCUAUCAACCUGUAUGGACGUUAAUAAAAUAUCUGAAAAACCAAACUUAAAACAUGGUGUCAGAAGCGGUAGUUUUUGGAUCCGCGUACGCAGAAUAGUGAUUCUUCGAUUCUUCGACAAACAUUAAUGGACAGUUUUAGUGCGAUGCUAAAAUCGGAGUGAGAAACAGAAAUUUUCGUGAGAAAACAAACCAGCGGAAAAUCGAAGAUGGCGACCGGACUCGACCUUCGACUGCCUCAGCCGCUCGAUUGUGCCAACUUGGCAAAGGAAUGGCCUCGGUGGAAGCAGGCAUUUGGUAUAUACCUGCGAGCGACGGGUAAAAUAGCGGAGAGUGAUGAUAAUAAAAUCGCCAUAUUCCUAUGGCUGAUUGGACCCCGUGGCGUCGAAAUUUUCAACACGUUGUAUCCGGACAAGGCGAGUGCUGAUCAUCUUUUCGGUGUUAGUGCAGCUGCUGGCGGGGAGGAUGAUGAUGCGGCUUUCGGUGAUGCGGUGGAUGUGGUUGUGGAGGAGCAGGUGCUCACACUUGCAAACGUGAUCGCUUCGUUCGAUGAAUAUUGCCUUCCACGGAAAAACAUCGCAAUGGAGGCGUUCAAAUUCAACACCAUCGCGCAGAAGGAGAGACAAACAUUCGCCGAGUUUGAGACUGAGCUCCGCACACAGAUCCAAUACUGUGAGUUCAGAUGCCAGCAGUGUCAGGCAUCCUAUUCCGAUCGCAUGCUGCGUGAUCGGGUAAUUAUUGGCAUACAACACGGAGAAAAAUCAAUCCAGUUUGAUUCAACUAAUACGUUUGUUGAAUUAUAAACUGGGAAAUAGUUGUUUUGAAAUGAACUUUUGUUGUUUUCGAUCCACGAAUGCAAUUUGAAACAAACCGGAUUAUCAGUUGUUUCUACUACCAUGCAAUACUGAAAAACAACUACCAAAUUGGUUGACUUAAAUCGAAAACUUCGUAAUUUCUACCAAAGGUACGGUUUGAGUUUACUAAUAAACGGGUUGUUUCCUUUGAUAUGAAGUAGGUAACAUAUAAAGUUAUUUCAACAAAUUGGGCAGUUAAUUUUAACCGAUAUUUUGUUUGGAGAAGAAACAACCAACAAUUUAGUUUGAAACCUGGCAAAACAAACUAAAGGUAUGGUUUGUUCAACAGUUCAGUUUCGGCACCUGCGUUUUCUUUAAUAUGCACCAAAUUUUGACUCAAUCAAAACCGAGAUCGAAACAUUGCAAGUUGUCUGAGUUUUUCUCCGGAAGUUAAUUUAUUCUUCCAAUGAUACAUAUUGACUAAAAUAUCAAAUUAAUUUACGUUCGUUCUUCAAAUCGUAGUGUUCGAGGUAAGAUUCUGCUAGUGGCUUGGCUAGUGGCCUGUAAAGAGACAAAUUAUUUUGUAUUUAUUUGAACCUUUCUUAGAUUAUAAUGUGCGGUAGAGGUGAACGACUAGUUGCCGCCUAAAUAAUUGUCCCGGCAGCAACGUCCGCUACUUAAACUCAAAAUUCACCAGAAGCCAUAAGGGAUUUGCAAGUUAGAGGAACCAUCCUUCCCCAGGAAACAAGGGGACAAUGGAUCAUUACGCCAUUAGGCCGCAGCCUUUUCUUCUACCGGAGGUCGCUUUCUUCCGAAGGCUGAACGAUGAUGAGGUUCUGUUUUGUUUUGAGAACGUUGGAGAAAUACCGCUCGAAAAGGUUCUCUUGUUGGAGCGGCAAACAAACUCUUUGGAGAUGACGUUUUAUAAUUCCAUAUGCAUAUGUAUCUAUCUUAACAAUCUUCAUAUUCAAUAAACAAAUUUCAAUUCAACAAUUAUAAUGUAUAUUCAAUAACAAAAAAGAAAAGAAAAAUAAAUCAAUAAACAUUGCGGUAGUUUUAAACGUUUGGUUUGUAAAUAUAACUAACUAUAACGUUUGUUUCAAACUGAAAAUUGUUUGAAACAAACCUUGGGUGCCAGUUGAAACAACUACCAAAAAGCACUGCUGUCAUAAUGAAACAACAAACACAGAGGUAAUUCCAAACGGAUGUUUGUAGAUUCUACCCGCUAAGGCAACGAUUUAACAACAACCAAUUUUAGUUUGUUUUAACUACCGAGGGUAAUCAAAUCAAACCAAUAUAGCGUUUGUGCUCAUUUUAAAACGAGAUUCCGGUUAAAACAAACUGGAAUUUUGUUGUGUUUACUAUUUAUUUUUCUCCGUGAAGAUAAAAAGCUCCAGCUGAAGCUGCUUGAUGGACGAGAUGAUCCUCUAGCGAAAGUCGUCGAAAUUUGCAAGGUGUUUGAAGCUGCCUCGGAGAACAAACUUCUUCUUGAUCGUAAGGUGAAUCUACUCGAGGUGAAAUCAGUGCAGAAGGAGCCAGAGGAAGGACAAAGGGAGGUAGCUGUCGUCGCUCGGAAACAAUGUUUCAAUUGUGGAAAGCCGUUCAACCAAAACCAUCGUCGCGUUUGUCCGGCGGUGAAUGUGAAAUGUUUUGCGUGUGGAGGAGCGGGCCAUUUCAGCAAGUGCUGCCGUCGUCAACAAGAGAAGGGAAACAACGUGAAGCUACCGACCAGGCCACCAGGACUGGACAAGCAGAAAGCAGUACACACAAUCAAUUGGAGUGACGCAGAAUAAAUUCAACUGGAAUUAACGGCCAAGGUUCAGAAGCGUGGCGAAAGGUUUAUCAUGUGGGUAAUGAAGAAGUGCGAUUUAAGCUAGACACCGGAGCCGAUGUAAACUGUAUACCUAUUGAUGUAGUAAAUAAGGCUGGCCUACCAAUGCAGAAUGUAAAAAAUGCUCAUGUUGUGGAUUACAAUUCAAAUAAAAUAAAGAUUCAUGGGAUGGUUCAUUUAGUUUGUUCUGAUCCGGUGAAGGGUAGAAGGUACAGUGCUGAUUUCUUGGUUGUUGAUUCGAAAUUGGAGCCGUUGUUGGGUUUGCAGUCUUGUGUCGAGUUUGGACUAAUCAGUCGUCUGAACAGAGUUCAGCAAUCCGGUUUUCCUAGUGCUAAAUCAGACUUCGUUGAUAAGUUCCGAGAUGUGUUUGAGGGGUUGGGUAAGUUUCCUGGUCAGUGCUCGAUAGUACUCAAAGAAAAUUCGGUACCAACUUUGUUCUAUAGGAAGCGUAUUCCGUCGGCUUUACACGACAGAAUUAAGACGGAGCUCAAACGAAUGGAGGAUCAGGGUAUUAUUGCAUAUGUUGACUAUCCAACUGACUGGGUCAGUAAUAUGCAGGUGGUGGAAAAGUCGAACGGUGGGUUGCGAAUCUGCUUGGAUCCAAAAGCACUGAAUCAAUGUAUAAAACGUGAACAUUACCUUAUCCCCACACAGCAGGAUUUGUUCAGCCGCCUUUCUGGCAAGAGAGUUUUCACGGUACUCGAUUUAAGCAGUGGGUUUUGGCAAAUGGAGUUGGACCGGAAGAGUUCAGACUUGACCACAUUCAUGACUCCAUUUGGGCGUUUUCGCUGGACUCGCGUUCCGUUUGGUCUAAACAACGCUCCGGAAAUGUUCCAGCGGAAAAUGGUUCAGAUUUUCGGUGACAUCGAGGGCGUAGAAAUUUAUUUCGAUGAUAUGGCUAUUGCAGGGGUCGAUGAAGCUGAGCAUGACUACAUACUGUCGCAAGUGAUGCAACGGGCUAGGGAGCACAAUGUGAAAUUUAAUAUGGAUAAGUUGCAGUUCCGUACAGACUGUGUUAAAUUUAUGGGAAACAUGAUUGGUAAUGGAGAGGUGCACCCAUUGGAAAAGGACGUCAGAGCAAUUACCGAUAUGCCACGGCCGGAAAAUGUAGCGGAUGUUACUCGCUUUCUUGGCCUAUGUAAGUAUUUGGCAAAAUUCAUUCCGAACCUGUCACAGCGAACAGCCAAUCUCCGUAAACUAACACAUAAUGAUGCGCCGUGGGAUUGGAGUGACGCACAAGAACAAGAGAUGAAUGAUAUCUUGAAAAUGAUUUCUGAUGUCCCCGGGCUUGCUGUUUUCGAUCCAAAAAAGCCCUGUAUCAUUCAGACUGAUAGUUCGAAAGACGGUUUGGGAUGUGUCUUGUUACAAGACAAUGGCCCUGUAGCGUAUGCUUCAAGAACGCUGACGAAGAGUGAACAACGAUGGGCACAAAUUGAAAAGGAAUUGCUCGCGGUUGUGUUCGCAUGCCAAAGGUUUCAUUAUUUUAUCUAUGGUCGGGAUUUUGUGGUCCAGUCUGACCAUAAACCGCUUGAAACGCUAAUCAAAAGGAACAUAGAUGACGUCACCCCUCGUCUCCAGCGAAUGUUCCUUAUACUUCUCAAGUAUCCUGGACUGUCUCUAGUGUACACGCCGGGUAAGAGUUUACUGGUCGCCGAUUGUCUUUCAAGGGCUGCGCUUCCGGAAACUGGAGAAGUUCAGGAGGAGUUGGAACAUGUAGUCCACGCCCUUGUUAAAAAGGCCUGCAUGUCACAGGAUAACUUCGAUUUGUACGUGGAAAAACUGAACCAAGAUGAACGCUAUUUACGCAUCGUUAAGUACGUUCAGACUACUUGGCCACCAUAUAACAAACUUGAUGAUUUGGGUCAGCUGUUCUACAAACAUCGCGAUGAACUUCAUUUUGAGAAUGGGUUGCUGUUCAAGGACCAUCGAUUGGUAAUACCUACUGCGUUGCAGACAACUGUAUGCAAAUGGCUGCACGCUCCGCAUAUGGGUACUGAGAAAACACUAUCUCGAGCGAGGACGCAGUUUUUCUGGCCAGGCAUAACAAACGACAUCAAGGAAGUAACAAGCAACUGUAUGGUAUGCGAGAAGUUUCGAAGGAACAAUCAGAAGGAGCCACUGAUGCAGGAUCCGUCACCUGAGUACCCGUUCCAUCGCGUUUCGACUGACAUCUACGAGUACGGCGGAAAUGACUGGUUGGUUCUCAUUGAUGCGUAUUCUGGAUUCAUCUGCUCUGAUCGACUGGAAGACAAAACAAUGCGUAGUGUUUGUAAACUGUUUGAUCGAUUCUUCAAUUGUUACGGCUAUCCAACAGUAAUUCGUAGUGACAAUGUACCAUUCAACUCACGAGAAUGUCAAAGAUACGCUAACCUGAACAAUAUUUCGUUUGAGUUUUCAAGCCCCAGAUAUCCUCAAAGCAACGGACUUGCAGAAAAGGGGGUUGCGAUUGCCAAAAAUAUUUUGAAACGGUGCUAUGAAACGGGGGAGGUUGAACAAUUUCAGUACCGAGUACUCGAGUACAAUACGACACCGGUUGCGAGUAUGCAGUUAUCACCCAGUCAGCUGUUUUUCGGAAGAAUUGUGAAAACUCGUUUGCCUAUUGAGGAGACCUUACUGAAAAGGAGUUUGCUUAGCGAAAAUGACAUCCAACAGAAAAUUCUUCGAAAACGUGGUAUUCAGAAAAACUAUUAUGAUCGGCAUGCUAAACAGCUGCCUAUUCUGAAGUCAGGUGAUAAAGUGCUGUUCAGGAAAAAUGCACGUGAAUGGCACUAUGGAACUGUAGUUCGAGACGUAAACGGGCGUUCCUAUGUGAUUCGAGAUACUUUUGGUAAUCAUUUUCGUCGGAACCGUAGGUUUAUGACACGUACAAUCAACGAUGAGGCUGAUCCAAGUGAAGUUCUCCUCGAAGAUCAUGCAAUGAAAUAUUUUGCGAAUGAAAAUCGUCCAAGGGUUGUAAGUCCACCAAACAAUGCAGUCCACCCUCGUACUUCACCUUGUAUGGAUGGGUCUGAAAUCGGUCCGCCCAGGCUUGUCAGUUUUCCUGAAUCACGUGUUGAUACACCCAGGGUUGAAAGUCCGCUUGAAUCAUGUGGUAUUGCACCAAUGGAUGUAAGUCUACCCGAGUCAGGUGCUGAUACACGCAGGGUUGAAAGUCCGCUUAUUACUUCACGGAAUAUCAAACCCGAAUACGUUGAUGGACCGAUACAACAAAGAGCUCAUAACUGUGAACUUGAGCCUGGUGGUCAGCCAGAACGGUCAUCGAUCGGGAGUUCGAGGUCUACUCGUAGUGGACGUAUGGUUGUUCCGCCAGAUCGUUAUGGGCAAUGGCUCUACUAGGUUUUUGUUCAAGAAGAAAGCGUGUAAUAAUAUCAGUUUAUUGAACAACUCUAUAAAAUGAACAUCCCUAUUCUAUGAAAUAAAUCUAACACACACCAUCACCAUGCAUUGCUGUAGGGACACAUAUUGUCAAGCUAGGUAGGACUGCGUCACUCACCAACCGAGUUCAUUGUGCGCUAUCAACACGGAGAAAAAUCAAUCCAGUUUGAUUCAACUAAUACGUUUGUUGAAUUAUAAACUGGGAAAUAGUUGUUUUGAAAUGAACUUUUGUUGUUUUCGAUCCACGAAUGCAAUUUGAAACAAACCGGAUUAUCAGUUGUUUCUACUACCAUGCAAUACUGAAAAACAACUACCAAAUUGGUUGACUUAAAUCGAAAACUUCGUAAUUUCUACCAAAGGUACGGUUUGAGUUUACUAAUAAACGGGUUGUUUCCUUUGAUAUGAAGUAGGUAACAUAUAAAGUUAUUUCAACAAAUUGGGCAGUUAAUUUUAACCGAUAUUUUGUUUGGAGAAGAAACAACCAACAAUUUAGUUUGAAACCUGGCAAAACAAACUAAAGGUAUGGUUUGUUCAACAGUUCAGUUUCGGCACCUGCGUUUUCUUUAAUAUGCACCAAAUUUUGACUCAAUCAAAACCGAGAUCGAAACAUUGCAAGUUGUCUGAGUUUUUCUCCGGAAGUUAAUUUAUUCUUCCAAUGAUACAUAUUGACUAAAAUAUCAAAUUAAUUUACGUUCGUUCUUCAAAUCGUAGUGUUCGAGGUAAGAUUCUGCUAGUGGCUUGGCUAGUGGCCUGUAAAGAGACAAAUUAUUUUGUAUUUAUUUGAACCUUUCUUAGAUUAUAAUGUGCGGUAGAGGUGAACGACUAGUUGCCGCCUAAAUAAUUGUCCCGGCAGCAACGUCCGCUACUUAAACUCAAAAUUCACCAGAAGCCAUAAGGGAUUUGCAAGUUAGAGGAACCAUCCUUCCCCAGGAAACAAGGGGACAAUGGAUCAUUACGCCAUUAGGCCGCAGCCUUUUCUUCUACCGGAGGUCGCUUUCUUCCGAAGGCUGAACGAUGAUGAGGUUCUGUUUUGUUUUGAGAACGUUGGAGAAAUACCGCUCGAAAAGGUUCUCUUGUUGGAGCGGCAAACAAACUCUUUGGAGAUGACGUUUUAUAAUUCCAUAUGCAUAUGUAUCUAUCUUAACAAUCUUCAUAUUCAAUAAACAAAUUUCAAUUCAACAAUUAUAAUGUAUAUUCAAUAACAAAAAAGAAAAGAAAAAUAAAUCAAUAAACAUUGCGGUAGUUUUAAACGUUUGGUUUGUAAAUAUAACUAACUAUAACGUUUGUUUCAAACUGAAAAUUGUUUGAAACAAACCUUGGGUGCCAGUUGAAACAACUACCAAAAAGCACUGCUGUCAUAAUGAAACAACAAACACAGAGGUAAUUCCAAACGGAUGUUUGUAGAUUCUACCCGCUAAGGCAACGAUUUAACAACAACCAAUUUUAGUUUGUUUUAACUACCGAGGGUAAUCAAAUCAAACCAAUAUAGCGUUUGUGCUCAUUUUAAAACGAGA